AUGCACAUCCCUUAUACGGACACCGAAGAUCUAUGGCUUAAUAUCAGCAAUCUUGCACAUAUCAUCUACUCAACCCUUCUCUUCAAGUGGAAAUACCUACUCGGAUAUCCAACACAACCCGAGAAUCCCUAUUAUGGAUAUUAUAUGGUAAAGAAGAGACAAGUACUAGUGGCUUCGCAAGACCAGUGUAGGGUUCGUAUUCACCAUGCGAUGAGCAAUCUACUUACUGAGUUUCAAGACCUAGGGUCGCGGCUUGCGAUAAUUUUGCAAAUUCGCAAGAAUUUGUACUUUAUGGAGGGAGACAAGAGCCAGGUAGAUGAACAUGAGCGAUUGCAAUGGCGGCUGGGCGAUGUAUCGAAGUUACGGCUGUCAAAUCGAACAAUACAAAUCUCACCAAGAUACCUUAGCCUCAUCCUAAGUCCACCUCAAGAAAUCCCCGCACCCGUAUCUUGGCUAAUGUAUCGCAAGUUUCGAAACUCGGAACUCCAAGAAGUGCAAAUGAGGUGGUUUGGGGUUGGGACUUGGGCCCAAGGAAGGCGAAGCGGCUUAGGGCAAAGCCGGAUAUAUGGCGCCGUGACUGCGCCGGAGGUUGAGGCGGUGACGUCGGGGGAGGAGUCAUUUGGGUCUCUGAGGUGUUGGAUAUCUCGGGUCACAAAGCCGGGCUGUUUUCUUGUGGUCGAUAGACUCUUCCAAAACAACUACCUAAAAUUUCUCAUGGCUGUGGGCUCUGGAUCGAAGGACGACUGCAACGAAUGGAAGCUCAACGCUCGAAACCACUCUCAUCAAAGCAAGCCUAACGAGCUUAGAGGACAUAUUGAGUUUCUCAACACUUUAAGUGAAGCAAAACGCAACAUUAGCAAAUGCUGCAGCCUCAUCGAGAUAUCCUCUUCAAAUUCGGGUUUCUGCACCCAAGGCACCUCCUCUAGCGUCGCGCUAGGCCACUUGCGGUUCAAACGACCAAAAAGCGUGCUCAUCCAAAUAUCUCUUCAACUCUUCCAUGUAUGGGCCGUGAAGCUCACCAAAUCUUCAGUUUCCUGGGCACACCAGUUCGAAUCGGGACUUGCAUCCUUCCUCCCUCCCAAUAUGUCUUCGACACUCAUGUUUCUAAUAAACAAUGGUCACACAAUUACUCCAUGCUCGUGCAAGAUUUGGUCGGCGAUAUCAAUGGCGGACAUGGCUCAUACCUUUAUCAAUCAAGGCUCUGACGAUGGCUUACUCCCGAGGAUUAUUAGCUCUAUCUCUUCUUCAUACGACGUCCUAUCGACCCCCGUGCUUAGCUUCCAAAAGGCACAAGACACUCCAACGAAGAUGAUCAAAAUUUUCCCCAAAGCAAUUGCUUGGGAGAAGGGUGUGGGGAAUAUGGCUGUGCUUGCGCUUGUUGUGGCCACACGGGAUUUAGCUGCGCCUUGUUUGGGUUUUUGGUCGGGGGAAGCAGUAUUGAGAAUUGGAGUUUUAUGGAGUUUUAGGGUUAAGAGCGCAGUUAAUUUGAGCAAGUUGGAGGAGGACCAGGCACACGUAAAGCAUCUGACUAUGGAUCAGGAAAAAAAGCAAACAUGA